AUGCCAUCACCUCAAAGACAUACCACCUCACAUGCCAUCACCUCAAAGACUCUACCACCUCACAUGCCAUCACCUCAAAGACACUACCACCUCACACACCAUCACCUCAAAGACACUACCACCUCACACACCAUCACCUCAAAGACACUACCACCUCACACACCAUCACCUCAAAGACUCUACCACCUCACACACCAUCACCUCAAAGACUCUACCACCUCACACACCAUCACCUCAAAGACUCUACCACCUCACUCGACAUCACCUCAAAGACACUACCACCUCACACACCAUCACCUCAAAGACUCUACCACCUCACAUGCCAUCACCUCAAAGACUCUACCACCUCACACACCAUCACCUCAAAGACACUACCACCUCACACACCAUCACCUCAAAGACUCUACCACCUCACACGCCAUCACCUCAAAGACACAACCACCUCACACACCAUCACCUCAAAGACACUACCACCUCACUCACCAUCACCUCAAAGACACUACCACCUCACACACCAUCACCUCAAAGACUCUACCACCUCACACACCAUCACCUCAAAGACACUACCACCUCACACACCAUCACCUCAAAGACUCUACCACCUCACACACCAUCACCUCAAAGACUCUACCACCUCACACACCAUCACCUCAAAGACACUACCACCUCACACACCAUCACCUCAAAGACUCAACCACCUCACACACCAUCAUCUCAAAGACUCUACCACCUCACACACCAUCACCUCAAAGACACUACCACCUCACACACCAUCACCUCAAAGACUCUACCACCUCACACACCAUCACCUCAAAGACUCUACCACCUCACACACCAUCACCUCAAAGACACUACCACCUCACACACCAUCACCUCAAAGACUCUACCACCUCACACACCAUCACCUCAAAGACACUACCACCUCACACACCAUCACCUCAAAGACUCUACCACCUCACACACCAUCACCUCAAAGACACUACCACCUCACUCACCAUCACCUCAAAGACACUACCACCUCACAUGCCAUCACCUCAAAGACUCUACCACCUCACUCGCCAUCACCUCAAAGACACUACCACCUCACAUGAGAUGGCAAAUAAAGUGUUGCCCCAGCUUAGGGAAUCCUAA